CCAGCUUCCGGGGAAAACAGAAGACAUCAGAAAGAGAACAUCGAAGGAGAAAGACGCUAAUAAGUCAGUCCUAUUAUUUGUUCUCCAGUUUGAAAUAUUUUUGUCUUAUAAAAUACAUCUUUGAUUCUUUAUUUAAGGAUAAAGUGCUAGAUGCACUGUGCCGCUUCUGGUGCUAUCUUUGCUUGUUAGUUAGCUUAGCUCGCUAGUUAGCUUAGCUUGUUAGCUGCUAACAAAGAGACGCGCACGUUAUCAACACAUCGCUAAGUAGAGAUCAAGUGAUUGAUUGAUUGAUACUUGUAUUAGUAGAUUACACAGUACAGUACAUAUUCCGUACAAUUGACCACUAAAUGGUAACACCCCAAUAAGUUUUUCAACUUGUUUAAGUCUGGGUCCACGUUAAUCAAUUCAUGUUUUCCGUACCUUUGAGACAUCAUGCCUCGUCAGUGUGUUGUCGGAGGGUGUAACAACACUAACAGGGAGGGAUUCAAGUUGCACCACUGGCCCAAAGAUGCCAAAGUGGCAAGAAAUUGGACGAAAUUUGUUCAAAAUACGAGGGUGUGGGGAAAGCCGACGAAAUGGUCAGUGGUUUGUUCCGCACACUUUACCGACGACAGCUAUGCUACGACAGAGAUGGCAAGAAUGUUUGGAUAUCCACUGACACUCAAAGCAGAUGCAUUUCCAACUAUAAAGUCAAAUAAAUCUGCCGCCAGACCCCCAUUGAACGUGCCGAAGUGUGUGAGCUAUUCAGGGACAAAGGAACUUGAUAGCACGGCAAGCAGUUUGUUCCGGCAGAUGAGCGAGCUAAACCCCCUUGAUGUCUUGGCUCACACCGCUUCUACCGAAGAUGAUCAAGUGAAGAAUAUGGGCCCUAGCUUCCCUGGCCUGCCGACAUCAACUCCAAAACUGGACAGAUCAGCUUUCAGGAAAAGAGAGCGGAUGAGGGUGUUACAGGACCUUUUUUCGAACUCUUAUCGACAUUCCACUGAAGAGGAUGAUUAUCAAACUUUUUCAAGAGCGGAUAUUGGAGUUCAGAUAUACCCUGAUGUGAAGUCUAAAGAUGUCCAGCAUCCCCCCCACAUGAAAGAGGAAGAGGAGGAAGUGUGGAUCAGUCAGGAGGGAGAGUGUCUUCUAUGGCAGGAGGAGGCUGAUGUCAGCAAGUUUCCACUGACUGUUGUCUCUGUGAAGACUGAAGAGCAUGAAGACAAACCACCUGAGUCCUCACAGCUUCAUCACAGUCCAAAUGUCCAGCAGCCCUCUCACAUUAAAGAGGAAGAGGAGAAUCCACAGCCCCCUCACAUUAAAGAGGAAGAGGAGAAUCCACAGCCCCCCCACAUUAAAGAGGAAGAGGAGGAAGUGUGGAUGAGUCAGGAGGGAGAGUGUCCUGUAGGGCAGGAGGAGGCUGAUGUCAGCAAGUUUCCACUGACUGUUGUCUCUGUGAAGACUGAAGAGCAUGAAGACAAACCACCUGAGUCCUCACAGCUUCAUCACAGUCCAAAUGUCGAAGAACAUCUUUUUCGUGAGCAGGAAGAGGAACCACAGCCCCCCCACAUUAAAGAGGAAGUUGAGACGCCACAGACCCAUAAUGUUAAACUGACCCUUCACAUUAAAGGGCAAGCGGAGGACCCACUGAACUUACACAUCAAAAAUAAAGAGGAGGACCCACUGACCCCUCACAUUAAACAGGAAGAGGAGGACCCACUGAACCCUCACAUUAAAGAGGAAGAGGAAGACCAAGAUACGCCGCACAUUAAAGAGGAAGAGGAGGACCAAGAGCCGCCGCACAUUAAAGUGGAAGAGGAGGACCAAGAGCCGCCGCACAUUAGAGAGGAAGAGGAGGAAGAGGGCAUCAGUCAGCCUAAAUGGUUGGAGGAGUUCCCAGUGACUGGUGUCCCUGUGAAGAGUGAAGAUGAUGAGGUGAAAGGUGAAAGUGAGGAGAGGGGAGGGGGGGAGCCUCCAAGCAGCAGCUCAACACAACACAUGACAACAGAAGCUGAUGGAGACCACUGUGGAGGAUCACAAGCAGACAAGCUCUUAGCUCCACUAUCAGAUAGUGAGGACACAACGUCACACUCUCCUGACACUGAUGAUGAAGACUCUAAAGAUGAUAAGACAUGUCACACUGACAACACUCACUUCACAUCUUCUCACUCUCACAAAACUUUUAAAUACCAUUGUAGUCUGAAAGUACACGUGAGAACACACACUGGAGAAAAAACUUUUUCCUGUUCAAUCUGCGGUAAAGGUUUUACAGAAAGUCAACAUUUGAAAGUACACAUGAGAACACACACUGGAGAAAACCCUUUUUCCUGUUCAAUCUGUGGUAAAGGUUUUGUUCUCAGUGAACAUUUGAAAGUACACAUGAGAACACACACUGGUGAAAAACCUUUUUCCUGUUCAAUCUGUGGUAAAGAUUUUACACAAAGUAAUAAUUUGAAAAGACACAAGAGAACACACACUGGAGAAAAACCUUUUUCCUGUUCGACCUGUGGUAAAGGUUGUACAAGCAGUACAGAUGUGAAAGGACACAUGAGAACACACACUGGUGAAAAACCUUUUUCUUGUUCAAUCUGUGGUAAAGGUUUUACACAAAGUCAGGAUGUGAAAAGACACAUGAGAACACACACUGGUGAAAAAACCUUUUCAUGUUCAACCUGUGGUAAAGGUUUUGCACAAAGUAAUCAUUUGAAAAGACACAAGAGAACACACACUGGAGAAAAACCUUUUUCCUGUUCGACCUGUGGUAAAGGUUUUACAAAUAGUACAGAUGUGAAAACACACAUGAGAACACACACUAGUGAAAAACCUUUUUCUUGUUCAAUCUGUGGUAAAGGUUUUACAGAAAGUCAGAAUGUGAAAGUACACAUGAGAACACACACUGGUGAAAAAACUUUUCCCUGUUCAAUCUGUGGUAAAGGUUUUACAAGAAGUCAACAUUUGAAAGUACACAUGAGAACACACACUGGUGAAAAAGCUUUUUCUUGUUCAACCUGUGGUAAAAGUUUUACACAAAGUCAACAUUUGAAAGUACACAUGAGAACACACACUGGUGAAAAAGCUUUUUCCUGUUCAACCUGUGGUAAAGGUUUUACACAAAGUCAAAAUAUGAAAGUACACAUGAGAACACACACUGGUGAAAAAUCACAUUCCUGUUCAAUCUGCAACAGAAGCUUUGGUGAACGAUCAACCCUUGUAAGACACAUGAGAACACACACUGGUGAAAAAACUUUUCCCUGUUCAAUCUGUGGUAAAGGUUUUGCAAGAAGUCAACAUUUGAAAAGACACAUGAGAACACACACUGGUGAAAAAGCUUUUUCUUGUUCAACCUGUGGUAAAGGUUUUACACAAAGUCAAGAUGUGAAAGUACACAUGAGAACACACACUGGUGAAAAACCUUUUUCCUGUUCAAUCUGCAACAGAAGCUUUUGUUGACGAUCAACCCUUGUAAGACACAUGAGAAGACACCCAGGAGAGAAAGUGUUGAGUUGCAGUGUGUGUGGUGAAAGAUUGUCUUCUAAGUACCAGUGUAAGAAACACAAGUGUGCUGGUGAGAACAGCAGCAGCAAAUGAAACUGCAGGAUUUGAAAUAAACUGUCCAGACUUUCAUUUUGACUUUCUAACAACAUCAGCACAUAUAACAUGUGUGACAUUGUUGUUUGUCUAACAAUCUGGUUAAUGUGCUUCUACAUUUAUAGAUUAAGAUAGUUUGAAAUAUGAAAGUAUUACAUAUUUGUAUUUGUAAUUGUUAAUAAUCCCAUAGAUUAUCACCUUUAUAUGAUAUACAUAUGUACUGGUUCACAUCUGAAACAUCUUCUGGACCACUUCAGGAAGCAUAUUAUUAUUUACUUUAUACAUCAUUUGAACAGUUGUCUUUUACACAAUUUUAAAAUGUGUGACUUUAUGAAUCAUUUGUUGGGUCUCUGUAAUCCAUUUUAUUAAUCAUCUUUACUACUCUCUUUUGUAAUAUGAUGAUUGUGUUGUGAUUGUUUUAUACUUUAACUUAAUAUGUAUGUACUUGUACGUUUAUGCAAUAAAAAGUGAGAGAAAA